AGCAAACCUUAUAUCUGAAUUAAUACGAAGCCACUGAGCAACCUUCACGUGAAUACUUUAACCUCUGUUGCUAUUUUUAUUUCUUUAUUUUUUUUCCCUCACUGAUGCUUUUAUUCCUAUCUAUUUUGUUGUCUUGUCUUUCAAGACUUGCUGAGAAGAUGAGAAAGUACUAAGCAAUUCCUAUUUUCGAAAGAAGUAAUAGCAACAUAGAAGCAAUCAUGUACUCAAAGUCAAAAAGCAAAAGGUUUCGCAGGCGAGUAUCAAAGGAUGGCUAUAAUCAGCGACGACGUAUAACUGUACGUUACCUAGCAACCUACCUCCUAAAUACCCAAGGCAAGUGCAUACGGUCUGCUCCGUAGGUAAAGUAUGCAAUGGCGGGUGAGGUAAGUUUGCAAGUACAAAGUAAAUAAUGGCAUGCAGUAGCCAACACCAAGCCUCGCUCGCUGGAGGCAAGUUUUCCAACCUCUUUUUAGCUGUAUAUCCCUCAACCUUAUCCAGGCUGCUGUUUACAUGUGCGUCAAAUCGUGGUAUAAAAGGGCUAAAGGGGCCGCCGUAAAUCUGUCGGAGUGUGUUGCUGGACCACACCGUUCUUCUUCUUCUUCUUGUUCACCAUACCUUCCUUACCUACGCACGGAAAAAAUGGCUUCUCAACAAGAUCUCGAAGCUCCUGUGCAGGCAGCUCAGACGAGCUCGCAACAGUCCUUCAACCUGACAGAGUUGCCGAGAGUUGGGCAGAACCAGACCACAGACAAACAAGUCGAGCGCAUCACCAAUGACCUGGCACUUUUGCAGGCCAUCGAUAAGCCGCCCAUGCCACGCCAAGACGAUUUGUUUGAACACAAACGACGACAAGCGCGUGUGCGGGAAGCGAGACGCAAUGGAGCUAGACUAGUACUGGUGUCUGGUAUGAAUGCUCAGGAAGCUGAAGAAUAUAACCGGUUAGUUUGA